AUGGCGAGGGAGGGCGUUAGAUCGUCUUUUGACCUUCUCCCCGCAGAGGUUCUGGACACAAUCGUGGAGAAAGUGAGGAGCAGUUGUGGGGAGAGCUUCCAGGCGCUUGGGGCUACGAGCAGGGAGCUGCGUGACUCUGCCAGGAGAUGCACCAAGACUUUGGUUGUGACGCCUUCGAAGGAGGUUGAGAAGCGGUUUAUGCAAGAAGCAUCCCAAGACAGCAGCCUGUCAAUGCAUCUCAACGAGUUCCUCUUGGAGGAGAUCAGCAAGCGGCCUGGCCUUUCUGAACUGGUGAUGAGCGAGCCUGGGUUUCUAAACCGGAGCGGAAGGUUUUCCGUCUUGACAUCUCUGUCAAGCGUUCGUUGGACGAAGUGCACAUUUCUGGGUCAUACUGCCUGCCCCUCUAGCUCUGGCCACCUCGUCACCUGGGAUGGCUCCUUCUGCAAGCGUGUGCUCUCUGGUUCCAAAGAAAGCCUCGAGAAGCUCAGGCUAAAGUGUGUGCAGCCGGUUGGGCGCAGCUUCGCCUUGGGCAGUCAUCCUUUGUGCCCAAUAUUGGCCGCAUCCGAUUGCACGGUGCUUCGGAAGGUCCAGGUGCGCGCCACUCCAGGCGUAGCAAAUUCGAGUCUCGUUCCGAAGAAUCUUCGUCGGUGGUUUGGUGCCGAGGUCAAGAGGAUCUUUAAGGCUUGCCUUCAGCUCGAGGAGCUAUGUUUUCUCGGCUGCGAUGAGGAGGAAAUGGUCAAGUGGGAGAGAUCUUCGGGCAGAGUGAAAGUUGUCAAGUAG